UUAGGGUUAGGGUUAGGGUUAGGGCUAGGGUUAGGGUUAGGGUUAGGGCUAGGGUUAGUGGCUAGGGUUAGGGUUAGGGCUAGGGUUAGGGUUAGGGCUAGGAUAAGGGUUAGGGCUAGGGUUAGGGCUAGGGUUAGGGUUAGGGCUAGGGUAAGGGUUAGGGCUAGGGUUACUGGCUAGGGUUAGGGUCAGGGCUAGGGUUAGGGUUAGGGUUACGGCUAGGAUAAGUGUUACGGCUAGGGUUAGUGGCUAGGGUUAGGGUUAGGGCUAGGGUUAGGGUUUGGGCUAGGGUUAGUGGCUAGGUUUAGGGUUAGGGUUAGGGUUAGGGCUAGGAUAAGGGUUAGGGCUAGGGUUAGAUGCUAUGGCUAGGGUUAGGGUUAGGGCUAGGGUUAUGGUUAGGGCUAGGAUAAGGGUUAGGGCUAGGGUUACUGGUUAGGGUUAGGGCCAGGGUUAGGGUUAGGGGUUAGGGUUAGUGCUAGGGUAAGGGUUAGGCUUGGGUUAGGGUUACGGUUUAGGGUUAAGGUUGGGUUAGGGUUAGGAUUAGGGUUACGGCUCUGGUUAGGGUUUGGGCUAGGAUUAGGGUUAGGGUUUCCAAUCGGGGGUUAUAGUUUUAAUGAGGGUUAGGGCUAGGAUACGGGUUUGGGCUAGGGUUAGUGGCUAGGGUUAGGGUUAGGGCCAGGGUUAGGGUUAGGGUUAGGUGUUAGGGUUAGGGCUAGGGUAAGGGUUAGGCUUUGGUUAGGGUUGGGUUAGGGUUAGGGUUAGGAUUAGAGUUAGGGCUCUGGUUAGGGUUUGGGCUAGGAUUAGGGUUAGGGUUUGGAAUCAGGGUUAUAGUUUAAAUGAGGGUUAGGGUUAGGGCUAGGAUAAGGUUUAGGGCUAGGGUUAGGGCCAGGGUUAGGGUUAGGGCUAGGCUAAGGGUUAGGCUUGGGUUAGGGUCACAGUUAGGGCUCUGGUUAAGGUUUGGGCUAGGAUUAGAGUUAGGGUUUGGAAUCAGGGGUUAUAGUUUUAAUGCAGGUUAGGGUUAGGCCUAGAGUUAGGGCUAGGGCUAUGGUUAGGGUUUGGGAUCAGUGGUUAUAGUGUUAAUUAGGUUUGGCUCAGGGGUUAGCGUUAGGGUUAGGGUUAUGGUUAGGAUUAGGGUUAGGGUUUUUGUUUUCGUUAGGGAUCAGGGGUUAUAGGUUUAAUGAGGUCAGGGUUAGGGGUUAGUGUUAGGGUUAGGGCUAGGGUAAGGGUUAGGGUUUGGGUUAGGGCUAGGGUUUGGGUAAAGGUUUGGGAUCAGGGGUUAUAGGGUCAAUGAGGUUAUGGUUAGGGUUGGUGGUUUGCGUUAGGGUUAGAGCUAGGGUUAGGGUUAGGGUUAGGGAUAGAGAAAGGGUUUGGGAUCGGGGUUAUAGGGUCAAUGAGGUUAGGGUUAGGGUUGGGGUUAGCGUUAGGGUUAGGGCUAGGGUUAGGAUUAGGAUAAGGGUUUAGGGUUAGGUCUAGGGUUAGGGCUAGGGGCAAGGGUUUAGGGUUUGGGGUUAGGGUUAGGGCUGGGGUUAGGGUUACCUAGGGUUAAGGUUAUGAUUAGACCCAAGGUUAGUGUAAUGACCAGACCUAGGGUUUUUAUAAGAUCUAGGGUGAGUUUCAGAUAGAUGUACAACUUGAAAUUUGAAAUGUCAGUGGUUAAACAGAUUUUCAAGAACAACCUUAGAUAGUAGUUUCAAACACUACGGUUAGGGUUAGGGUUAAUAUUAGAGCUGGGUUAGGGUUACACCUAGGGUUAGAGUCAGGGCUAGGGUAAGGAUUAAACCCGCAUUUAAAUUAAAGUUAGGGCUAGGAUUACAGUUAGGGUUAUAACCUAGGACUAGUGUUAAACAUACAGUUAGGGUUAGACAUAAUGUUAUCGUCAGGUUUAGACCUAGGCUUACACCAAGGAUAGAUGAGAGUUAGCGCUAGACCUAGGGUUCGGGUUAAACCCAGGUUUAGGAUUAGGGCUAUAACUUUUGUUAGGGUUUGGGUUAGGGUUAGAACUACAAUUGGGGUAAGAACUAGAUUUAGGGUUAGACACAGGGUAAAGGCCAGACCUAGGGUUUAGAUUAGGUUGAAACGUAGGGUUGGGGUUGGAUCAAUUUUAGAUUUUGGGGCACACAUUUCAAAUGUUACUUGUAAGAAAUAUUCCAAAUUAUGAGCUUUGAGAUAUUAUCUUCAAAUAAUACGUUUAUAAAAGAUUCCAAUCUUUAAUUUUGAAUUUUAAUUUUUUUAGAGAAAUGACCCUGGUUUCUGUCUAAGGGUUAAAGUUACGGUAACCACUUUUAAAAAUGUUACAAUUUAGCGUAAAUAAAAAUUAUAUUUUCAGCUCAAGAAAGUCAUAAAAUAAGCCUAACCUCAGGUUAAACAUAAAUAUAUUAUUUUGGAUUAAAAAGAAUCAGCAGUUAAAGGGUUAACAUUUUCAAACUAAAUACAGUAGAAAAUAACAUAAAAUAUCCAAGAAAUUCAGUUAAUUAUUUGUUAAAAGGUAUAAAAGGGGAGAAGGGAACAGGGUUAUUUCUUUUUUGUUUAGCUGCUUGCUGGGUUAACACCUAUGAAUUGGUGCCCAGCAGCCCUUUCUUAUGUGUGCACAGACCUGAAGAAGACCGAAGUCGGGUCCAAACGUCAUUGAUGAUGCACACAUUGUUUGUAUAUAGUUCAUGUGUAGUUCAUGUAUUGUGUGUUUGUGUGUAAAAAACAGUAAAAAAAAAAACUAAAAAAUGGAAGAUAUUUCAAAACAAUAACUCAACACAUUAAAACCAACUUAAAAAUAAUAUUUAUUACACACAAGUCGUGUUCUUAGUGGGACCGGGUGAGCGUGUCCGGUGGGGCGAAGGCCCGUGCACGCCCCGCUCCCUGAAGACCAAGCAGGGUCAUAACUUAGAGGGAGACGGGAGUCAUCCCUCAAUCCUAACCAUAACCCUAGGGGGAUAGACAAAAUCUCAGCCCGGUUCGACCUUGGGAAAGGCAAUGAACCACGAUGUCAAAAGUGGCACAUACGCCUAUAUCCCCUAACCUAACCCUAACCCCUAUAUCCUAACCCUCCUAAUAUGUUGUUUGUCCAUAAAAAAAAAAUAACUAAAUUAUUAUAAGAUUAUAAUUUCAGGAUUUGUGGUGCGAGGCACUCUGAUGAAGCUGUCCUGUGAUGUCUGCCGGUCCAGCCUUGUGACGGACGCUGAAUCUGCCUGUAAGGACCAGACCGACCACCCGCUGACUCUGAAAAACGAUGGAGGUCUGGUCAUUCCAUCUGGAGGCACAAUAAAAGUCAUCAGAGCUGCAGAGUGGGUCAAUCGCCAGUUAUCAGCAGAUUCCAGAAGAUCACAGCCCAUCAAAAUGUUGGAGGUCCUCUACAUGGUGUAGAAGAGGAAAGGUUCAGAGGACGUGUUUUGCUUGGGGAGCAUAUCAACGAUACACGCUAUGGCAUCGACAGUCACCACAACACACUGUUGACAUUACUUGUGUCACUGUUUUUCAAACUAAGACUGCACCACAUUACUAAAAUGACUACGCUUAGCCCACAGAGAGACAAUGUGAGACAGAAGCUCACCAAAACAGUCCUUUUCAGGGGGCAGUAGCUCAAACUGUCUGUGCACUUGUAUAUAUGUUGGUUUUGUUUCAACUGUGUGAGUGACUGAUGAUUUGGAGUGAAUGUUGAAUUGUUUUGUAAUUGUGCACAUCUGGUCAAUAAAAGAACCUUUAUGUCCUGUUAUUGAAUGUGUUUAUUUUAAUUGUUAUAUUAAAAAAUAUAUGUAGCAGAACGGGUAAGAUGAACAAACCAUCCCCUUGAUCUUUGAAACUAUACACACGAUUUACGUUUGUGGUAUAAUUAUUUUUCUGUUAAAGCAAAUGGACCCAGGUCUAAACUUAUACAUCAUGCUUGUAAGUGUUAUUCAAUAUUUAGAACUAUGUGAGUCAUUAAGCAAAAUAUCAUUCUGAAGCAUUAAAUUAAUUAGGUUUUAUCAAAACGAUGGCCAUGGGGCAAGAUGAACCAAAAGCUGUGGGGUAAAUUGAACCAAUAGGAAUAACAAUUUAUACAAUUUUUAUUGGGACUUUGUUUCUCUAAUUAGCAGAAUGAUCUUUAUUUUUGAUAAAUACACUCAUUCAAGAGAAGUUUUCAAUAUUAUAUUUAUAAUCGCAAAUAUUAAAAGGUUCUGAAAAACAAACUUUAAUUGGUUUUAUAUUUUUUAAUAACCCAAAGAAAAUAAUUAAGACUACUUGAAAAAAGGGAAA